AUGGACUCCACGCUUGAAACCCUCAUAGAAAAUAUUUAUGUCUGGAGUAAGGAAGCCCCUCUACUUGGCGAUUUUAACAUCAACAAGAGCGGCGGAACCUCAACCAUCACAUCGUAAAGUACUUUUUCAUCACAUAGGCAAAACGCAAGCACUUCCUCAACACAUUUGAUCAAAAGUCAUCAUUGAAAGAAUUCUGGAAACAUCUUAAGAGUGUUGUUGGGCAAAUGAGCAAGCCGCAGUCUCACAAAUAAGAGUUGGCACAGAAAACAUCAUCAACGAGCCGAAUGAAAUGACAAAUGCCUUUUUAAUGAAUUCUUUACUUCCGUGGCCACUACAUGUACCUACAGGGAAGGAACUGAUACUGAUGCGGUUUCAGCACCAAACUCCAUGAAGCUAAAAGCAUUCAUUAAUAGCAAAAUUACACGCGAAAACAAGUUUGAAGUACCAGAGAUCAUGCAGGAAUUUGUUCUGAAUUAUCUCAGCAAACUGCAAGUUGGCAAAGCAACAGGCCUUGAUGGUAUCAGUGCUCAAUUACUGUGUGUCGCUGCAACCUGCUAUAACGUCUUUCUUGACAAAGGUCAUCAAUCUGAGUACCAAUACUGGAAAUUAAAAACUUUCCGGCGUGUUGGAAAGAAUAAGCUAGAGUCUGUCCUGUCUAUAAGGCUGGAGACCGACUGA